AUGUCUAACCUCUAUAAAAUUGGUACUGAAACAAAAAAAAAAAUCAAAGAGUUCCGUACAUCCACAGCAAGGACCAACUCCAUAAAAGCUCUAUCGAUAAAGAUCGAACCAAAACCGUCUUGUGAAAUAAUUAUUGAUGAAGACGAACAAGAGGAACUAGAUGAGAUGGAAGGUGUAGAUGAAUUAGCCGAAAUUCUACCUGACAAUUCACCCCGAUUUCUUCUCACUGCGUUUCCAAUAACAACAAAAGAUGGGUUCAAGCAGACUCCCUUGGUCUUAAUUUAUUGGAAGCCAAUGACGGUCGUGUCACAAGAAUGGAAGAUGCUUUAUGCGGGCGCAUUAGAAAUGAUCAGAAACGAGUGUGGUACUUUCAAAUUGAUAGAGGUUUCUUCUGGUCUGGAAGAUGACUCAGACGUUGAAGAGUUAAAAGAGCAAUUAGAAAAUUGUUAG